GUGUGCGUGGUCGCCCUUCGCGUGCGCACCGGAGCGCAGCACCGACAGCUCGGUCUGACCCGAAUCCUCCAACAGCGACAAUGACGGGGAAUCAGUGGGGAUAUGGGAAGGAGGACGGUCCCUCUGCAUGGCACAGGAGUUACCCAGUUGCCAAGGGGAGCCGGCAGUCUCCAAUUGACAUCAUCCCUGAACAGGCUUUCCAUGACAACAGCCUUGGCCCGAUUAUUGCAAACUAUGAUCACUGUACAUCUAUCAACAUUUCCAAUAAUGGACACUCCGUCGUCGUGGAGUUUGUUGACUCAGAUAAUCGCUCAGUGAUCCAGGGAGGCCCUCUUGACAACCCCUACAGGCUGAAGCAGUUCCACUUCCACUGGGGUGGGAAGGGCUGUGACGGCUCUGAGCACACCGUCGCAGGAUACAGCUAUGCGUCUGAGCUUCAUUUAGUCCACUGGAAUGCUGUCAAGUACAAGACGUUUGCGGAGGCAGCAACAGCUCCCGACGGUCUCGCUGUCCUUGGCAUCUUUUUGAAAACAGGUGACGACCACAGAUGGCUCCACACAAUAACAGAUGCUUUAUACAUGGUGAAAUACAAGGGAAGUGUCACUGACUUCAGAGGUUUCAACCCUAAGUGCCUUCUCCCCAGCAGCCUGCAUUACUGGACCUACCUGGGGUCACUGACCACACCACCUCUUCAUGAAAGCGUCGUUUGGAUUGUCCUGAAGCAGCCGAUCGUCGUGUCUGACAAGCAGAUGGGGAAGUUCAGAACGCUUCUGUUCACUGGGGAAGAAGAGGAGGAGCGGAUACGCAUGGAAAACAACUUCAGGCCUCCUCAGCCUCUCCAAGGCAGGAAAGUGCGCUCCUCCAAUUAGCGAAAGCUCACAAUGUCUGAGACUUCAUUAACAAAAGACAACGGUGAAUGCAGCGUACCGUUUACCUCAUGGUAGCUCGUCCUGAGUGUUUCAGAUUAGUUUUUGUUUGUUUUGUAUGAGUUAGGAAGCUUUGAUUAACUCGUAAUUGCUCCCAGAACAUUAACAUGGAGUUUUUCUCUUCUGCCAGUCAGAAGUAAUGUGAGGAGGAACAAGCAAUAUGAUAUUAUUAGCACUUUAGUAUGAGUCGCCAAACAUUCAAAAGAGGUGUGUACUUUUAGGGUAAUAUGAAAUAUGCAAAUGAUUUAAUAAUAAAAGCUGGAUUUGUGUGCUAAUGACCAUUAAAGUAAAAGAAAAGUUCCUCUGGGCAAUUAGAUGAAACAACAGUAAGAAGCAGGCCCUGUUCAGUGUGUUACUGUAUAAGUUACACAUAGUUGUAUAAAUGCAACUCCAUAGUGGUACAGACUGCCUGCAGACUGGUUUCAUACCACCCUGCCGUCUGCAGAUCUGUAGCCUGGGCCUCCGCGCUGAUCCCGACUGAUCCUUUUUGAUCCACUCUGUUUGUGGGGGAUUCCCCGUCCUUGUGGUCAUAGAUCCCUUCUCCCAGAUUAGGGCUACGCCGAGGUUAAAUUGCUCGGUUGUCCAUGACUGAGGCCAUAAAAACGCCCGGGCCUGCAGAGCUCAAGAACUGGACCCCCCACAGAGUGAUUAUUCAGGAUUUGUCAAACUCCUUCAGGCCCAAACAAAACCACAACAAGCUUCAUUUUUCAACCAAACUGUCAUCAGAGAUUAGUCGGCAUUCUUCUUGAAGUGUCAUAUUCAUCGCUGCGGCGUUUUUAAGGUGCGUAGUCUACUGAUGUAGUCCAGACUAUCUUUAUUUAUUUCUGCCUUUGUGAAGAAAUUAAAAAUACUUGCACAGAGUAGUGUUGAAAAGCCUGACAGAGGCCUUGGUCCUGCGUUUUGGUGAGCUGUGGCAGCUUUGUAUAAUGCUGGCCCUUAAUUUAGGUGGACUCGGAUUUUAUUAAUGCAGUGUUACAGCAGGAAUGAAGAAAACGCACAUCUAAAGAAUGUCACUUCAGCCAUCAUGGUUUUACAUUGUUGCUGAAUCAACAUUACAAAUGUAAUUUAUCGCUGGUUAGAAUAUUUUUGUAUUGCAUUCGUCAAUCUGCCACCUUUCCUGAAAUAAAGAAAAU